AUGGGAGCCAACGGAGAACCACAGGAACAGCAACCGCAAGAGGAGGCUGGUCAGCUUGUGACUGUGCUGAGUUUCACAGAUCCUGCUAUUUCGAUGGAUCUGUUGCGAGCUGUGUUGCAACCAAGCAUUAAUGAGGAGAUACAGACAGUGUUCAACAAAUACAUGAAAUUUUUCCAGAAGGCAGCAUUCAAUGUAAAGGAGAAUGUUGGGGAAGAUGUGGACCCUGAGCAACUGAUUCAUGAAGUGUGUCGCAACUGCCUUGAGCAGGCAAAGCAGCUGUUCACCGAUGCUGAAAAGAUGGGAGCACGACCAGGCUGCGAUUUGCCAGGAGUAAAGCGUACUAAACAGAUGGAUGAGGAGUCCAGUCAAAGAGGAAGCCCUGUUCCUAAAAAGAAGAAAGGUCGGCCUCCUGGACCCAAUAUGCCCCCUGAGCGAGUGCCCUACAAUCCACACAUUUCCAAACCCAGGUCUACAGAGCCUGUGAAGCGAGAAGGGCCAAAAUGGGAUCCAUCCAGAUUGACAGAGGCAACCAGGUUUGUGCUUGGAUCACGAGCAAACAAGGCAUUAGGAAUGGGAGGUACAAGAGGUCGGAUCUACACAAAACAUCCCGAACUGUUCAAGUAUGCAGCUGAUCCACAAGAUAAGCACUGGUUGGCAGAGAGGCAACAUAUGAAAGCCACAGGAGGGAAGAUGGCUUAUCUUUUAAUAGAAGAUGAUAUCCAGGAUCUUGCUGUCAGUGAAGACUACAGAGAGUCUCCAGACUUGAGGCUGGAUGAAUUGAAACCUUUUGUUGUACCGCACUGGAUGGUUGAGAAGAUGCAGCAGUACAUGGAAGUGGUUCGAACAGAGAGGGAUUAGACAUUUUAUUUCAGAACAUGCUAAUUCCACAUACAACCACCUGUUUUUGAUGGCAGCAGUUGUGCUGAAGAUUGUCCAGAAUUAAGGCCCUUGUUUGAGCCACUGUACUAGGACUGCUCACAAAAUUAGUUUGCAGGGUCUUUGGUUGCUUCUUCUAUUAAGAUUCUGGUGCCAUCAAUGCCUUUUUGUAGACCAGACUUACUGAUAUAAGAUGCUUUAUGUUAGGUGCCAUCUGCCUCAGAUAAUAAGGUACAGCACUGUUGAUUAUGUGGUAUAAAUCAACAGCAGUUUAUCAGUGCUGUCCUCAAUACACUGUGAUAUGUGGUGACCAUUUUAUCUGUAUAGAAGUAUCUGAGUUAAAGUAGUCAAGUCUACUGUUUAAUUGCUUUGCUGAAGAUAUUAUGGUCUCACGUGGUGGGGAGGGAUGUUGACAUAAAACAGUUGUAUGUAUUGAGCCACUGGGUAAUGUUUUGAAUCCAGGUGCAGUUACUUGGACACUGUUCCAAAGGUAUAUUAACAAAACUAUUUGUGCUCAGUGUUGUAACGAGUUGCACUAUUUGAGAAAAAAAAAAGACAGUGCUGUUUCUGACUAUAUUUUUUUUUGAUAAAAUAUUUGUGAAAACCUGUUUGUGUUAUCUUAAAAUCCAACAGCUUUUAUGUCUAGGUUUAAAAUGCUAUUGCUGUACAAUUUCAGAUUUGCAAGAUUAUUGUAUUCUCUUUUAGCUACAAAUUACAUGCCUACCGUGGGCUUCAUUUUGACAUUGUUUUGUUUAUCAAAGCAAAUUCAACUGGAGUAAUUGUACUCUGCUUGAUAGAUGUGUUAUUAACUGAGCUUUGUUUACCAUUUUGAACUUAAGUCUCUUAUUUUUUUAACUUUAAGUUUUAUUUAACAGAAGUGUUGUGCCGUUCAUCGUACUAUUUUUUUUAUUAUUUGUUGGUGUUUCUUUGAUUUGGAAGUGUCUAGCAACUGAGAACCUAAUUUCACUGUUUUUAGUGAAGAGUUUGUUCUUUUGUUGUACUACUUGGGUUUCUGCAGACAUUGUGUGUUCUCUAUCCAGGAUUUCCAAAAAGCAGAAAUAAGACAUUUAGGCAAUCCAUUUUAGACUUCUCAUAUAGUUAAAAAGGCCAGUAUAAAGAUAAAGUAAGUAAACAGAGUACCACUGUG